UACCCUUGUUUUCCUUGAUUCAGUUUGCUUACUACAUCUGUGUUUUCAGAAAUAAGUGUUUUCGCGUCCUUGCUUUACUAUGCCCUAUGAUACAUAUGUCCCUGUGUUAUAUUACAUCAUUCAUCAGGCCAUGUAUCGAGCACAUGCAUGAAUGCUUCAAGCUGCUUCGUCACAAGUACCGGCGUUGGCUGUUUUGCAUGUACAAAAAAAGGCUGUUCUAUGGUUUGGGUUUUUCAACAUGUUGAGACAUACAGCGAUGGGGGCGGUUCUUCCAUUUUGGCCUGUUUCGUGCUUUCAAUUUUUCGUCGCGCCUGGAAUGGAACAUAACCUGGCAGAGUUCACGAGGGGCCCCUCAGGAUUCAUGGCAGUCCCAGUUAUGCCGACCACCAGAACUGUCUACAGUAGCCAUCUUUUAGACGAGCACUUUGGUGCUAUCAGUUGUUUGGAGAGCAUAACAGCUAUGUGCUAUCACAAUGAUUCAACAGGAAAGAAUUCUGCUUGAAGCUUGAAGCUUGAUGUCCAGAAAGUAAAUUAAACGGACCAUAAUUCGGGUAUUGCUCUAGAUGUAACUACAGUGACUCUCUCAUAACCCAUACCCCUCGUAACCCAUAGUUCUGAGGGUCCACCGACCGCUAUGGGUUAUGAGAGAGUCAACUGUACUCAUUAUU